GCCAGCCGGAAAACGAUCGACAAAUCGUGUAAGAAUGGUGGUGGCAUCUGGUUGCCAAUCUCACGGACAUCAUCAAAAAUUCAUUGCAUUAUUGAUACUGUGCUUUUUGGACUGUGGUCAAGGUGAUGGUAAAGAAAAACGAGAAAUAUCCAGUCCAAAAAGUAAAAGUGGACAACCAGGAGUAUCUGGUCACUCAGAAUGGCAACAACUAUGGUAUUCGAGUGUUGAUGAAUUUCAAAAGCUGACGGAGCCGCUUUUGGAUAACACCACUGAAACCAACCUCACUGUGCCAUUAGGAAGCACAGCUUAUCUUCAUUGCCGUGUCAGAAACUUAGGAGAGCGAACGAUAUCAUGGGUUCGCCGCAGGGACUGGCAUAUAUUGACUUCGGGCAUGUUCACGUAUACAAACGAUGAGAGGUUCACCGUGUUGCAUGCUGAGGGCUCUGAUGAUUGGACACUGAAAAUAAAAUACGUGCAAAAAAGAGACAACGGCACGUACGAGUGUCAGGUGAGUGAAAAACGACUUGUUGAUACAUCUUAA